GAAUUUAAAAUAUUAAUCAGGCAGGGGCAUUUUUUGAACAUAAUGGGCCAGAGUAGCCCAUGAUAGUUUCAGAGCUGGGUUGUUGGCUGGCUGUGAGUUUUAGGUGCAGGCGGAUACAGUAAGCUGUGUGAGAGUUAAAACGAGAUUUCACGAUGUUAAUGUGACGAGGCAGAGCGAAGAUGACAAGCGUGAAGGGGCUGAGUGAUAACGUGGCAAAAGAUGGGAGAGGCUGUGUCAUUGUCAGAGGGAUUUAGAAAUGCAUAUGUGGACAUAGUGUGUGUGUGUGUGCACAGGGAGAGAGAAAGAGAGGCUGGUGCAGGAGGAGAGGCGAAUAAAACCCCACGCCCCUCUCUGCCAGCAUCCAUUUACCGAGCAGCUGAUGUCUGCUGCUCCACUGGAUGCGUAUAGACUCAGCAGUAACAGGAGGAAGGAGAAAACCCUCUCUGCUCUGGGGAUCCCGUGGAUUUGGAUUACAGGAGGCAAAGUAUUUCAACCGUGGAGGAGAAGAGGAGCUUUUUGCAAGAAAUGUCCACGUUGGAUCAACUUCACCUCGGAGGAGUAUUUCUAACACAGAAUCUAACUGUGAAGGCUGUCUGAGGAGAACCAUCCAGUGGAUUAACACUGAGGAGUGCCUUUUAGAAAACGGCCAUCUCUCCACUUUGUCUACCUGGGAUUCUACAGGUUGCUUUCUCUAAAGUUUCCACCAUGACGGCCAUGCAGAGGCUGUUGCUGCAGCUGCCGGUGAGCGCGGUGAACAUGGUGAAGACGGUGCAGAGCCAGGUGCAGGGCCAGGAGGAGGACAAGAGCCCCGUGCUGACCCCCGACGGGGUGCACCAGGCCUGGUACAGCGCCCUGCAGCCCGACGAGCUGCGACACCUCCGCUCCGGGGGGUCGGGAGGUGGAGGUGGAGGAAGAGGAGGAGGAGGAGGAGGAGGGGACCAUGAGGAACACUCAUCACUGGAGGAAGGUGGUGGAGGUGGAAGCAUUUUUCAAAGUCAACCUUUGCGACACGACGACCUGAAGGAGAUGUUGGACAGCAACAAAGACUCGCUGAAGCUGGAGGCGAUGAAGCGCAUCGUGGCUAUGAUCGCACGUGGAAAAAAUGCAUCUGAUCUCUUCCCUGCUGUGGUGAAAAAUGUGGCCUGUAAAAACAUUGAGGUGAAGAAGCUGGUGUAUGUUUACUUGGUGCGUUACGCCGAGGAGCAGCAGGACCUCGCUCUGCUCUCCAUCUCCACCUUCCAGAGGGGGUUAAAGGAUCCGAACCAGCUGAUCCGAGCCAGCGCUCUGCGAGUCCUCUCCAGCAUCCGAGUCACGAUCAUCGUCCCCAUCAUGAUGCUGGCCAUCAAAGAGGCUGCCUCUGAUAUGUCUCCGUACGUCAGGAAGACGGCCGCUCACGCAAUCCCCAAACUCUACAGUUUGGAUCCAGAGCAGAAGGACCAGCUGAUCGAAGUCAUAGAGAAACUCCUCGCUGACAAAACCACGCUGGUGGCGGGGAGCGUUGUCAUGGCGUUUGAGGAGGUUUGUCCCGAACGCAUCGAGCUGAUCCACAAGAACUACAGGAAGCUGUGCAACCUGCUGAUCGACGUGGAGGAGUGGGGGCAGGUGGUCAUCAUCAACAUGCUGACCCGCUACGCCAGGACCCAGUUCCUCAACCCCAACAUGAACGAGUCCUUUCUGGAGGAGGGAAGCGACAAGACCUUCUACGGCUCGGAUGAAGACUCGGAUGAGGAAGAGGAGGACAAAGACAAGAAGGCGGAGGCUCCCAUGGUCAAGAGGAAGCCGUACGUGAUGGAUCCAGAUCACCGGCUGCUGCUGAGAAACACCAAGCCGCUGCUGCAGAGCCGCAACGCAGCCGUGGUGAUGGCUGUUGCUCAGCUGUAUUUCCAUCUGGCUCCUAAAGCGGAGAUCGGGGUGAUCGCCAAGGCCCUGGUCCGUCUGCUGAGGAGCCACAGUGAGGUCCAGUACGUUGUUCUUCAGAAUGUGGCGACAAUGUCGAUUAAGAGGAGGGGGAUGUUUGAGCCGUACCUGAAGAGUUUCUACAUCCGUUCUACAGACCCAACGCAGAUUAAAAUCCUUAAGCUGGAGGUUCUCACCAAUCUGGCGAAUGAGACGAACAUUUCCACGAUCCUCCGAGAGUUUCAGACGUACAUUAAGAGCAUGGAUAAAGACUUUGUGGCCGCCACGAUCCAGGCCAUCGGCCGCUGCGCCACAAACAUCGGGGAGGUGAGGGACACGUGUCUGAACGGCCUGGUGCAACUGCUGUCCAACAGAGACGAGUUGGUGGUAGCAGAGUCGGUGGUGGUGAUUAAGAAGCUGCUGCAGAUGCAACCGGAGAAACACAGCGACAUCAUAAAGCACAUGGCCAAACUCACUGACAACAUCCAGGUGCCGAUGGCGCGGGCCAGCAUCCUGUGGCUGAUCGGAGAAUACUGCGAGCACGUUCCCAAGAUCGCUCCGGAUGUCCUGAGGAAGAUGGCCAAGUCGUUCACCAACGAAGAAGACAUUGUCAAGCUGCAAAUCAUCAAUUUGGCCGCCAAGCUUUAUCUCACAAACUCCAAACAGACCAAACUGUUGACGCAGUACGUCCUCAACUUGGCCAAGUACGACCAGAACUACGAUAUCCGUGAUCGGGCGCGCUUCAUUCGUCAGCUCAUCGUGCCGACCGAGAAGAGCGGAGCGCUCAGCAAGUACGCUAAGAAACUCUUCCUCGCCAUCAAACCUGCUCCGGUCCUCGAGUCUCCAUUCAAAGAUCGAGACCACUUCCAGUUGGGGUCUUUGUCCCACCUGCUGAAUGCUAAGGCCGGCGGCUACCAGGAGCUGCCCGACUGGCCCGAAGCCGCCCCAGACCCCUGCGUGCGCAACGUGGAGGUGAAGGAUUCUGUGCCUGAAUGGACCAAAUGCAGCAGCCGGGAGAAGAGGAAGGAGAAGAAAGUGGACAAGCCGUUCUACUCCGACUCAGAUGGAGAGUCCGGGCCCACGGAGUCAGCGGACAGCGAGUCGGACUCAGCCAGCGGCUCGGAGAGCGGCAGCGGCUUGGAGGAGAGCGGCUCGGGGUCAGAGAGCGAGGAGAGCGAGGAAGGCUCCGAGUCUGAGGAGGAGGAGGAAAAGGACAAGAAGAAGAAGAAAAAGAUAGAAUUGAAGAAGCCUGUGCAAGUGAGCGAAAGCGAGCAGAGCAGUGAAGAGGAAGUGAGGAAGCACGAGAGGAAGAAUAAACUGCGUAAGAGCGUCUCGGAGUCUGAAUCUGAUGAUGAGGAGGAGAGCGAGUCUGAAAGCAGCCAAUCAGAGUCUGAAGACUCGGAGUCUGAGGCGGAAGUCAAAAAGAAGAAAAAGGCAGCUGAAACCAAACCUCCCCCUAAGCCGGUCAAGAAAGAGUGCAAGAAGGAGAAGAAGGAAAUGUCUCUGCUCGACCUCGAUGACUUUGAACCCACCCCCUCUCCUCAAGUCACGCCCCUGAACAGCUUCCUGUCCAGCAGCCUGGUGAACGACCUGGAGGGACUGUCUCUGUCCGAUGCCGUCCUCUCUCCGGCGGCCAUCUCUCCCUGCAGCGCUCUGAAGAGCUACGAGCUGCUGCACCGCAUCACGGGGGAGGGUCUGUGCGUGGAGUACUGCUUCAGCCGCCAGCCGUUCCCCCCCGACGCCAACAUGGUGUCGGUGCAGAUGCAGUUCACCAACAACGCCACGUCGGACACCAAGAACCUGCACAUGGAGGACGUGAAGCUGCAGAGCGGGAUGAGGGUCAACGAGUUCACUGAGAUCGAGCUGCUGCCGGCAGGUGAGACGGCCUCAGCUGUGAUGGGCAUCGAUUUCUGUGACUCAACACAAGCUGCAAACUUCCAGCUGUGCACCCACCGCAGGAAGUUCUUCGUGUCGAUCCAGCCUCCGGUCGGGGAGUUGAUGAGACCCGUCUUCCUGACGGAGAACGAGUUUAAAAAGGAGCAAGGUCAGCUGAUGGGGAUGAACGAGAUCUCGGAGAAGCUAACGCUGGACGUGAAGUGCCGGAACGAACACGCCAUCGUGCAGAGGGUGAUCACCGCCGCCAACCUCAGCAGAGUGCCCUGUGGGUCCGAUAAAGAGUGCCGGUUCGGGGGCCGCACGGUGACCAGCGGCAGCCUGGUGUUAGCCACUGUGUCGUCCCGAGAGGAUGGGGCCGCCCAGCUGACGGUCAACUGUGAGAAGAUGGUGAUCGGCACCAUGCUGGUGAAGGACAUCCUGCUGGCGCUGACGCAGUGACCUGUGACCUUUCUGACCCCUCCCCCCCCCCCCACAUAUCGUCAAUAACACGUGUAGCAUCUCCUCCGUUCUCCUGCCAGGAAGUUGUUUGUUUUGGUUCAAGAGCCCCUAAUUUAACAAAAAAUACUCCCUAUAUUCACUGAAGGCCACAGCAGUGCGUGAUGUUUAAGACAAUCAGACAUGACUCAAUAUGAAAUCCCUCUUUUUUCUUUUUAAUCUUUUUAAAUGUGGAAAAUAUACUUGAUUUGCAACAUAUUUUCAUUACUUAAGAAGCCAAAUGGAUUCAUAGGACUCCAAUUCUGAUUCUGUACAAACAAAAAUGUCUUCUUUUAAUCUUUUAAACCCUAAAUCUACUUAUAGUGAAAAGUAGAUGAAUGUUUAACCAUUUCAAAACACAAGGUCCACUUACUGAAUCUUUUCUAAGCAAACAUCUCGUGGCCUUUUUUUAGCAGAUGGAGCUACUGUCUUGUCACGGACUCAAUGGACACAAGGCACGUUUAUUUACAAUUCAAAGCGCUUAACAUAAGACGUUAGAUUGCAUAUAAAAUAAACAAUUCAAAGGUCAAUUCAAAAAGCCACAUUGAAGAUAAAUGCAUAAGUAAUUUAGGUAAAACAAAGAGGAUUCAAAUUAGUAGAAACGAAGCGUGAUGCAGAAUGUCCCAAAUUUAAUUUAUUACAAGGCAGGAGCAAACAAAACCAGCUUUUGAGCCUUGAAGUAAGUAGUAAAAAACAAACGUUUUUCAGUAAGAAGACAUAAGAGGUCUGGAUGCUGCAUUAUGAUCAGAGAUGAUUCUGGAAACUCAGGACUUUGAAUGGGUUAGAGCAGGGGUGUCAAACUCAAGGCCCGGGGGACAAAUCCGGCCCGCCACUUCAUUUUAUGUGGCUCACAAGAGCUUGCAAAGAAUAUAAUACGUUUUAUUAUAAGGUUACGUGCUGCUUUACAUGAGCAUGUUGCCCAUAAACUACAUGUCCCACAAUGCAUCUCCUUUUGUGAGAUGCACACUGAAGAGACUUGCAAUUAUUUGCCCUGGACUUCUGCUUUCAGACGUAGUUAAUUAUGAAGUUAUUACCCUAUCCGAUAAUAAUCCAAUGCAGAGGCAAUAUUGUAAAAUAAUACAUUAUUUUAUAUAUAUUUAUCUAUGUAUAUGUAUAUGGUCUUAAAGCUAAUUACCACCGGCCCUUUGAGUGCAACCAUAAUUCUAAUGUGGCCCGCGAUGAAAUUGAGUUUGACACCCCUGGGUCAGAGCAUUGACUGUAGGAAGAAGUCAAAGUCAUUCCAGACCCUGAGAAAGAUAGAGGAGGUCCUUCACAUCCAAUAAUAACCUCUGAAAUAUAAAACACCUGUAUUAAUGUGAUCUUAUUACACACUGAGGUCAUGUGACAACAACUCCAUCUGCAGAGGAAGGCCUUUCGAUGGGAUUGAAUACUUUAAAACCACAAAGUAAGUGAACCUUUGCAUAGAGAAUUAUUUUGUGAAAACCAAACAAAAGUCGUCUUCCUCUAAAUAUAUUCUUAGAAAAUAAAUGUAAAAAUUAUCCAGUUUCACCCAUAACAUUCAGUUUAUUUUCUUUAAAAUAACGUGGAUGCCCAAUUUUAGAUUGUUAAAUUGUUAGCAGACUAUUUUAAGAUGUAGAUAAUAUAAGUAAACAAUUAUAAUGUAGGUAUAACUUCCCCUUAAAACACGUCAACACAAUCUCUACCCAGUUAUUUGGAGUCAUUACUUGAAUGUAGCAUGAAGGCUCGAGUGGGACACGACUACCUAUAACUGAAACAUUCCUCUUCGGUACAAUACACUUAUUUUUAUCGUUAAUCAAUAACUCGGCGGAUCCUGGGAAUAAAGACGGAUCUUCAUCUCAAAUUCUGCAAUUUUAAGAUUACGCCUCGCUGUCAUAAUGCUCAUGUUCAUCAAGAGGGGCAUUUAUAAAAACUGGAGAUGUAUAAAUGUUAACGCAUGUAUUGCAACAUGUAAUACAGUACUGCUAUAAGUAAGGUGUGUGUGUGUGUUUGUUGACACUGAAUAUUGACCUGGCAAACAAUUAACUAGCUGUUAAAGAAAUGACUCAACAUGACACUGACUUGAAAUUAUCAUGAAGCACGUUAUACUUAUCAGACAUGAGCAAUAAGUACGAAAUGACUGCUAAAAGUUUAACAGAUUGAAAAUUAUAUUUACAUCCAAGGAGCUGUAAACAGAGAUUUCUUUGGUGCAUUUUUGGCUUAAAAUGAGUUAAAAUUAGCACAUAAAUUGAUUUGAAUCGGUUUUUCUGUUGAUCAUAUAACCGUUUUUUUUCUCGACCAAAUUCCAAAUUAAAACGUUGCCAAUGUUAGGAAACGUAAUUACCUUCUAAUUUCACGUUCUGUCAGACAGCAAGUUUACAUUAUAUAUAUUUCAGUCAGACAACUCACGUGUUUCUUAAUAUGUUUAUUAUAAGCAGCACAGUUUGAGUUUGGUGUCUAGGCUCGGGCCUCAUCACUCCACAGAUUUACAAAGAACAUUGAGUGAUGAUUAGAUAACUAUCCCCCGAGCCUACAGGUGGAGCUGGGGGGGGCAGGCGAGCAGCAGCACCAUGAAACACAGCAGCAGGAACAUGAACGUAGCAAUAGCAAGUGAACACAGCGAGGCAGAGGCAGGAAGACCUGGCAGUUUAAAUACAGCGGCAUGUUUAGGAGAAUGUGUUUUGGUUGGUUGCCAGAGGGACGAGGCGCGUCACGUGGUAAUGUAUCAUUGGUGCUCGAGUCGAACUAGCUCGCAGGCUGUAAUCUCCCAUUCUGAAACCCCUACGUUUAACAUAUCUUCAAUUUACUUUAAAUACUUUUACCAGAAUCAGCCGUCAAUUUAACUCAGUGUAAAUGUGACCAUUGACUUUAGUCAAAUAAAUUAGAAUACACACAGAUUAUAAUUAAAGUAGUGCUUCAUGAUAAUGUCAAAAAUGUUCAAUUGAUGUCAUUUGACGAGACUGUUUUCAUGUUUUUUUUAUAUAUCAUUUAAUUUAUGAUCAUGUCGCUUCUUUUCUGUUUUGGACCCUCUUGUAUCCAGCGGCUGCACGUUUCUUAUCUUUAACACAAUAACUGGUUUUAUUUAUUUAUUUAUUGUUGACUUUGUGUUGGAAGAUGUUUGACCAAAGGAGUACAUUACAGUCACUUCCUGAUAUUAGAAAACUGAUAUUUUUGGCCUUUUUUUGCACCCGUUGCAUUGUUGACCAUUAAAGCACCACACAGUCAUGAUGAAGAAUGUAAAGAGUAAGACAUUCUACUUGUAAUGUAAGAAACCCACUGACUAACUAAAGACUGCCCUCACCAAACAGAUGGAUCAAAUCAUUGAAUUCAUGACCUGGAAUUAGUUUUCCUCUGCAUCGGAUUUCAAAUAUCCAAAGUAUGUUUUAUUCAUGCUCUGUGUGUGGUUGUGAAAUGUGGUCCUGAAGUAUUACAAGUUUAUUUAUUAUACAAAUAAAAAAUACAAAUACA